CUCGAAAACCAAGUGGGUCUUGCGGUUCGGCUCCGAUGAGUCCAUGACAAACCAAUGGCGAGACACGCCCUUUCUCCUCGUCUAGUUUACUGUUUCCCCCCUCCCCUCAUCCCGCCGUGAACGGGGAUAAGACUUCGUCUCUUGUCUCUUACACCCGGCCACUCAGGAAUGCUUCUCAGUUGCUAAAUUAUGAAAAGAUGGUGGGAACGAGGACUAGACCGGCUCGGUCCACAAGGGUGAUCGGCCACAUGCAGCAUGCAGUCACCGAUUUUCGGGCAAAUGUGAUUUUUGGGCCAUUAUUCUUUGGGCCAUUAAUCAUCCAUUUCCGUAUUUGACCAACACCCUCACCCACACCUCCCUCCCACACUUUGCUCUCCCCUCGUGUCUUCUGAGAUGGAGCCCCAACACAGAAACAUAUCAGCGUGUGCCAGUACGCUGCUCACAGUUCGCCAUGCCCGCCCACAGUGAACCCGCGGAAGAUGUCACAGAUAGUCUGCCGUACUUGCAGCGCAACCGGUCCUAUUUAUCAGAGACGGUGAGGAGGAGAGGUGAAGGUGAAGCCCGUGAAAGAUAUGAGGCUCGUGCCGAGGAGCAGGGCCUUGACGAAAAGAAGAUAGUCGGUCCCAACUCAUCAAGCGACGAAGAUGAUCCGACGAUAAUAUCUUGGGAUGAUGGUGACCCAGAAAACCCGUACAACUGGUCACAUACCAAAAAGCUCCUGAUCCUUUGCCUAACCAUGAUGCAAGUCAUCAACAGCACCAUGGGCUCAGCCCUCCCAUCCAACGCCAUCCCCUUCAUCACCGCCGAAUGGGGCAUUACAAACGAGCAACAACAAGUCUUACCCAUCUCCGUCUUCCUCAUCGGCUACGUCUUCGGACCUGUAGUCUGGGCACCUCUCAGCGAGCAUCUCGGUCGAAGGAUGUUGACAAUCAUAACUUUUGUCAUGUUCACCAUCUGGACCAUGGCUUGUGCUCUCGCCCCCAACUGGCCUGCAUUUCUCUUCUUCCGCUUAUUUACUGGCGUCUUCGCCAGCUCACCAAUCGCUAUCGUGGCCGGUAUCCUUGCAGAUAUCUACGGUGACACCGAGACCCGCGGCCGCGCAAUGGCAGCUUUCAUGGUCACAACCACCUUUGGCCCCCUCUUCGCCCCAAUCGUCUCCGGCUUCUGUUCCACGACAAUAGGCUGGCGCUGGUCCUUCUGGGUCGCCCUCAUCUACGCCGGCCUAACCCUCGUCCCAAUCCUUCUUCUUCCCGAGACCUACGCACCCGUCCUCCUCCUCCGACGCGCACAAAAGAUCCGCAAACUCGACCCCUCGGCCGCCGUCAUUGCGCCCUGCGAGAUGGAGAGCACCGACUUCAAGCACAUCGCCACCGUCGUCCUAACCCGCCCCGUACGCAUGAUCAUCUUCGAGCCCAUCGUCAGCUGCACGUGCGCCUACCUGGCCCUGGUCUACACAAUCUUCUACAUGUCCUUCCAGGCCUUCCCCAUCAUCUUCCAGAAGCUCUACGGUCUCUCGCCCGGUGCAGCUGGACUAGCCUAUCUCCCCAUAGGUGCCGGCGCCCUGCUGGUGGUGCCCAUCUUCAUCGGCUGGGAACAGGGCCAUCUCCGCGCCCAACGAAGCGGUCACACGUGGGCGAAGCGCGAAGAGUUCCGCCGUCUCCCUCUCGCCUGUGUCGGGGGGCCGCUCUUCUUCAUUUCCCUGUUCUGGCUGGGCUGGUCUUCCAGAGAGGACGUCAGUUUCGUCGCGCCCAUGCUAGCGGGAAUCCCGUUCGGAAUGGGGUUCAUGCUCAUCUUCAUCGCCCUGCUCAACUACCUCACCGACGCCUACGAGAUCUUUGCUGCCAGCGCCAACGCGGCUGCCUCGACGAGUCGGUCUCUGCUCGCUGUUGUGCUGCCGCUGGCGACGACGCGUAUGUUUAACAAGCUUGGUAUCGCUGGUGCUUGUAGCUUGCUUGGUGGCUUUAGUGCCAUUAUGUGCAUUAUCCCCUUCAUCUUUAUCUGGAAGGGCGAGCAGAUUCGAGCGGGUUCACGGUUUUGUAUUGCGCUCAGGGAGAGGAAGGUUGAGAUGCAGAGAAAGGUGGAGGAACAGAAGCAGAGGGAAGAAGCGAGGAGGGUCAGGUUGAGGGAUAGCCCUGGGGCCCGGAAAGAGGAGGUUUGAGUGGUAUGUGUCACGAAUGAAUGAAUCGACGAGGAUGCUCCCGGGGCUGGUCUAUCGAAAGUCAGAGAUGAAAUAUCUACCGAGAGAGAGGGAAACACUAUCAACGGAGGCAUCUAUAACGAGAGUGAUUGCAAGAGGACUGUCGAUGACAUCCCCUCAGUGGUAGAGGGGUAGACUCUCUGGGUAAAAUGGCUGAUAGGGCCAUUUCUAUCGAGAAGUUGUCUUUAUUCAGCAAAGGUCGGGAGAUCUUGCGUUGAAGGGGAUUGGGGGAGGAACACCAUGUCCGAUGAGGCAUGGACACAACAUGGCCUAACCCUUUCCCGGGGUGAGAUGGACACUGAACACAGACAGCAUUGACGCUGAUCAACCAAAAGCAAUAAUCCAUAACACAUAAUACAAAUUGCACCAUACCCAGUCA